UUCUCACAACUUCGGUCCCAGCAACAUGAAAUUCUUCGCCAUCCUUUCUCUUGCCCUUUUGGCUGUGGCCUCCGCCGAUGUCAGCCACUUGACCAACACCUACCUGCCACCUCACUCUGGAGCUGCCUCCUCCAGCUACGAGUCCUACGAGGCUGCCCCCGUUGAGGCUGCCGCUUCUCAGACCUACGAAGCACCCGCCGCAUCCACCUACGAGAGCGAGUCCUACUCCGCCCCUGCUGCUUCCUACAACAGCGAGUCCUAUGCCGCUCCUGCUGCUGCCGCCGUUGAGACUGCCUCUUACGCCGCUGAGACCGCCGCCGAGGAGACCUACGAGCAGCCCUCUGCCAGCUAUGUUGCCCCAGUGGUGACCAAGACCACCUACUCCGCCCCAGCUGUCUCCUCUUACUCCGCUCCCGCUGUUGUGAAGACCUACUCCGCCCCAGCUGUGUCCACCUACUCCGCACCAGCUGUGUCCGGCUACAGCAACACCUACACCGCUCCCGUCGUGACCAAGGCCUACACCGCCCCAGCUGUUGUGAAGACCUACUCCGCUCCUGCUGUGUCCAGCUACACCCAGGCCUACACCGCCCCUGCCGUGGUCAAGACCUACUCUGCCCCAGCUGUCUCCACCUACACCGCUCCCGUGGUUAAGGCUUACACCGCCCCCGUGGUGGCCAAGACCUAUGUUGCUCCUGCUGUGUCUACCUACACCGCUCCCGCCGUUGUGGCCAAGACCUACACCGCUCCCGUGGUUAAGGCUUACACCGCCCCCGUGGUGGCCAAGACCUAUGUUGCUCCAGCUGUCUCCACCUACACCGCUCCAGUGGUUAAGACUUACACCGCUCCCGUGGUUGCUAAGACCUACACCGCUCCCGCUGUGGUGAAGACCUACUCCGCCCCAGCUGUGUCCACCUACACCGCCCCCGUGGUGGCCAAGACCUAUGUUGCUCCCGCUGUGUCCAGCUACUCUGCACCCGCUGUGGUCAGCAGCUACUCCGGAUCCUCUGGCACCGUGUACGGCUCCAACGGUGGAUACGUCUACUAAAGACUGCAUCCCAAAACGAAACUAAUCAUAUGACGAAACCUUUUUUUUUCUUAUAAUAAAUCGAAUCUAAUGUGCUAAA